CGCGGGGCGCGGGCGGCUCCGGCUCGGUUCUCCAUUCAUUGGGAUCGCGGCGGGCUCCGCGGCGGCGGCAGGAUGGCUGCUCGGUUGCCCGUGUUCUUGCCCCUGCUCCCGCUGCUGUUGCUGCUGGGCCGGGGGCUACCGGGGGCCUUGGGCAACCGGCACGCCGUGCACUGGAACAGCUCCAACCUGCACCUGCGGCGGGAGGGCUACACGGUGCAGGUGAAUGUCAACGACUACCUGGACAUCUACUGCCCGCACUACAACGCCUCGGUGCCCGAGCACCGGCUGGAGCAGUACGUGCUCUACAUGGUGAAUGCAGAGGGCUACCGCACCUGCAACACCAGCCAGGGCUUCAAGCGCUGGGAGUGCAACCGGCCCCACGCGCCCCACAGCCCCAUCAAGUUCUCGGAGAAGUUCCAGCGUUACAGCGCCUUCUCGCUGGGCUACGAGUUCCGCGCAGGACAGGAGUACUACUAUAUCUCCACGCCGACGCACAACCACCGCCGGGCCUGCCUGAAGAUGAAGGUGUUCGUGUGCUGCGCCUCCACGUCGCACUCCGGGGAGAAGCUGGCGCCCACCCUGCCGCAGUUCACCCUGCGGCCCGAGGUGAAGAUCGAGGACCUGGACAACUUCAACCCAGAGAUGCCCAAGCUGGAGAAGAGCAUCAGCGGCACCAGCCCCAAGCGGGAACACUUGCCCCUGGCCGUGGCCGCCGCGCUCUUCCUCAUGACGCUGCUGGCCUCCUAGCUCCUGGCACCGGCGGGGGCCCCGCCAGCGCGGCUCUGCCGAGUGGGGACCCCCCGACCUGCUGCCCCUCGUGAGAGCCAGUGGGGAACCACCGCGGGACCACCCGGCCCCUCCGCACCACCACCCCCCUGCCCGGAGAGCCGCCCGACGGGGCGGGGGGGCUGCGGCACACACCAGUCUCGCCCGGGACUCGCCCCCCACCACCACCCCUCCCCGACCCCGCCAACGGCUGUGGCCACGUCUGCGAGGACGUGGCUCGGUGCUGCUGCGUGUACCGCACCUUCCGCUGGCACCGUCCCACAGCGCCGAGUCCUGCCCGUGGAGUCCUGCCCGCAGCCCACCCGGUGCCCCGUGUCUGGGGGGCAGCGCCAGGCUGGGGAGCCCAGUGAGGGCAGGGACCCCCAGGGCUGGGCAGCCUGUACAUACCUAUAUAGAGAUCUAUACAUACUGUACAGAGAGCGACUAUAUAGAUAUAUCUAUACUGUACCAUAGGCAGCGGCGCCAGCCCCAGGCUGGCUUGUACAUAGAUGAACGUGUUGGAUUUUCCUCGUCUUCCGUGAAGACCCGACCUAUGCAAACGCACAGACACUUUUUAGGGAAAAACAAAACAAAAAAACAAUCUCAACCUUUUUUUCAAGUGCUUUGGCUGGUGAUUUUCAUAUUCUGCUCUUAGUCUAUUAAAAAAAAAAAAAA